UUUAGCCAUAUGAAAGCUAGCAACUAUCAUAAUCUAACCACACCCUGUGCUGUAUAAUAUAAGAGUUUCACUUCUGUUUCCUGCUGCUGGAUACAAACAUGGCGUCUGCUGAUCUGAGAGAGGAGCUCACCUGCCCCAUCUGCCUGAGCAUUUAUACAGAUCCUGUAACUCUCAGCUGUGGCCAUAACUUCUGCCUGAGCUGUAUUAACAGAACAUGGGACAACCAGGAUGAGGGGGAGUAUUCAUGUCCUGAAUGUAAACACAGGUUUAGGAAGAGACCUGAACACAAAAGGAACCUGCGGCUGCGUAAUAUAGCAGAGAUUUUCCAACUAACUGGGCCUGUAAAUGAUACUGGGAUCUUCUGCACUUACUGUAUUCACUCUCCUGUACCUGCUACUAAAUCCUGUCUGCAUUGUGGGACUUCUCUCUGUGAUGCCCACCUGAGUGUACACAGCAAGUCUGAGGAACACUUCUUAACUGAACCCACCACUUCCUGGGGUAACAGAAAAUGCUACAAACACAAGAAGCUCCUGGAAUAUUACUGCACUGAGGAUGCUGCCUGUAUCUGUGUGACCUGCUACGUGGCCGAAGAGCACAGGGGACACCAGCUGGAGCUGCUGAAUGAGGCUUCUGAGAAGAAGAAAAAGAGACUGAGAGAUGUUCUGCAGAAACUGACCACAAAGAGAGAGAAGACUGAGAAAAGAGUCCAGACUCUGCAGAAGCACAGGAGAAGGGUGCAAGAGAAAGCAGCUGGUGUAACAGAGCGACUCACUGCCCUGAUUAGGGACAUCAUGGAACAGCUGGAAGACCUAGAGAAGCGAGUCCUGAGUGACAUCACCCGGCAGCAGGAGCAGAUUUUACUCCCAAUCUCUGAUCUGAUCCAGCAGCUGGAAAAAGAGAAGGACGAGCUGACCAGGAAGAUUUGUCACAUUGAGGAGCUGUGCCACAUGACUAACCCAUUAACUGUCCUACAAGAACAGGAAUCACACAGAGAUGACUUUUGUGGUGCUGAAAAG